UAUUUCACUGAUGUUGGGGGAGUCCAGAACUAGAGGCCACAAUUUGAGAAUAAGGGGUAGGUCAUUUCGAAUGGAGUUGAGGAAAAACUUUUUCACCCAAAGAGCUCUGAAUCUGUGGAAUGCUCUGCCUCAGAAGGCAGUGGAGGCCAAUUCUCUGAAUGCUUUUAAGAAAGAGUUGGAGAGAUCUCUUAAUGAUAGCAGAGUCAAGGGAUAUGGGGAGAAGGCAGGAACGUGGUACUGAUUGUGGAUGAUCAGCCAUGAUCACAGUGAAUGGCGGUACCAGCUCGAAGGGCCAAAUGGCCUAUUACUGCACCUAUUGUCUAUUGAAAUUGGUGUCACAGAUGUGAUGGAAAGAAAGAUUUUGGCCCAUUGGCCUUCAUGAACCAAAGUACUGACAACAAUAGAUAGACGUUAUCUUGACUUGUGGAGGACAUUGGUGAGGCCUAAUUUGGAGUAUUGUGUACAGUUUUGGUCACCUACCUACAUGAAGGUUGUAAAAGAGGUUGAAAGAGUUCAGAGAAAAUUCACAAGGCUGUUGCCAGGUCUGGAGAACUUGGGUUAUGAGGAAAGAUUGAACAGGUCAGGACUUUAUUCCUUGGAACAUAAAAGAUUGAGGGGAGAUUUGAUGGAGGUAUACCACUAUUAUGAGGGGUAUAGAUAGGGUAAAUGCAAGCUGGCUUUUACCACUGAGAUGGGGUGGGAUGACAACCAGAGACCAUGGGUUAAGGGUGAAAGGUGAAACGUUAAGGGGAACAUGAGGGGAAACUUCUUCACACAGACGGUCAUCCGGGUGUGGAAUGAGCAGCCAGCACAAGUGGUGCAUGCGAGCUCAAUUUCAACAUUUAAGAGGUUUGCAUAGGUACCUGGAUGGUAGGGGUAUGGGAGUGGGCAGUUUAAAUAGUUCAGCACAAACCAGAUGGCCCAAAGGGCCUGUUUCUGUGUUGUAAUUUUCGAUGACUCUGACAAGAACCUGAAAUAAUACAAAAAUUCACUCUAAGUCCUUUUAACGGCUGUGCAGACCAACCAUUCAUCUCAGCAGGAAUUUUUUAUAUAGCGUUAAAACUGUGGCACUUUUAAGUUAAUAAUACAUAAAAGAAAAUCCCAGAUGCAUGACAAGAAAGACAACUUGCCUGAUACUCUUUAGGUUACUGUGGGGACAGGCAUCCAUGCUGCUCACCAAUGGAGAGAGUCAAACUGCGCCAAGGAACAAAUUGGAGACGGCAGAAAUGCCCCAUUCUUAUAGAGACAGGAAGAGCAUCAGAGAAUUUGAUGGCCAUUCCAGAUACCAGCACUGUGCCCAGUUAGAAGAUGAUUUCUCUCUCCAACUUGGGUUGAACCUCACUGUAACAGUGUGAUACCAGAUCAAACCUUGAAAACUCAAGUAAUUUCAUCUGAAAUUUCGUCCUAACCCAUUGUUGGAUUUUGUAAAUCUUUUUACAGGUUAAAAACGAGAAGGAAUUUAGCUCCUAGGAUCUCAAACAUGGCACGCCAGUUUUGCUGUCUCUGUCCAGAUGUUUGAGAAGUGGAGCAAGGGAUUCAAUCGACCAUCCUUCCUGCUCAGACUGUGGGGAGGGAUUCACUUGGUCAUCUGACCGACUGGCAUGCCCGUCAUUUUACACAGGGGAAAGGCCGUUCACCUGCUCAGACAGUGGGAGUGGAUUCACUUGGUUAUCCCAAUUGAAGGUACAUCAGCAAGUUCACACUGGACAAGGCCAUUCAUCUGAUCUGUGUGUGAGAAGGGAUUCAGUCGGUCAUCCCACCUGUGGACACACCAGGCAAUUCACACUGACCAGAGGCUGGUCAUCUGCUGAAUUUGUGGGGAAGGAUUCACUCGGUCAUCUGACCUAAUGGCUCACCAGUGGGUUCACACUGGGGAGAAGCCGUUCACCUGCUCAGACUGUGGGAAGAGUUUCACUAAUUCAUCCACCCUACAGAGUCAUCAGCGAGUUCACACUGGGGAGAAGCCGUUCACCUGCUCAGAAUGUGGGAAGGGAUUUACUCAGUCAUCCAACCUACAGAGUCAUCAGCGAAUUCACACUGGGCAGAAGCCGUUUACCUGCUCAGAAUGUGGGAAGAGAUUCACUAAGUCAUUCAGCCUACAGAGUCAUCAGCGAGUUCACACUGGGGAGAAGCCAUUCACCUGCUCAGAAUGUGGGAAGAGAUUCACUCAGUCAUCCCACCUACAGAGUCAUCAGCGAGUUCACACUGGGGAGAAACCAUUCACCUGCUUAGAAUGUGGGAAAGGAUUCAGUCGGUCAUCCAGACUACUGGCACACCAGUCAGUUCACAGUGGGGAGUGGCCGUUCACCUGCUCAGACUGUGGGAAGGGAUUCACUUGCUCGUCUAAGCUAAUGGCUCACCAGCGAGUUCACACUGGAGAGAUGCUGUUCACCUGCUCAGUCUCUGAGAAGAGAUUCACUCAGUCAUCCAACCUAGUGGCACAUCAGCAAGGUCACACUGGGGAGAAGCCGUUCACCUGCUCAGUCUGUGGGAAGAGAUUUACUCAGUCGUCCCUCCUGCAGAGUCAUCAGCGAGUUCACACUGGGGAGAGGCCGUUCACCUGCUCAAUCUGUGGGAAGAGAUUUACUCACCCAUCCACCCUACAGAAUCAUCAGCGAGUUCACACUGGGGAGAAGCCAUUCGCCUGCUUAGUCUGUGGGAAAAGAUUCACCCAAUCAUCCACCCUACAGAAUCAUCAGCGAGUUCACACUGGGGAGAAGCCGUUCACCUGCUCAGUCUGUGGCAAGAGAUUCACUCAGUCAUCCAACCUACAGAGUCAUCAGCGAGUUCACACUGGGGAGAAGCCAUUCACCAGCUCGGAAUGUGGGAAAGGAUUCACUCAGUCAUCCCACCUACUGGCACACCAGUCAGUUCACAAUGGGGAGAGGCCAUUGUUAUUAUCUGACCUAAUGACUCACCGGCGAGUUCUCACUGGGGAGAACUCGUUCACCUGCUCAGUCUGUGAGAAGAGAUUCACUCACUCUUCCACCCUACAGAGACAUCAGCGAGUUCACACUGGGGAGAAGCCGUUCACCUGCUCAGUCUGUGGGAAAAAAUUCACUGAGUCAUCCCACUUACGGGUACAUCAGCGUGUUCACACUGGGGAGAAGCCAUUCACCUGCUCAGACUGUGGGAAGAGAUUCACUCAGUUAUCCCACCUACAGAGUCAUCAGCGAGUUCACACUGGGGAGAAGUCGUUCACCUGCUUAGUCUGUGGGAAAGAAUUCACUCACUCAUCCACCCUACAGAGACAUCAGCAAGUUCACACUGGGGAGAAGCCGUUCACCUGCUUAGAAUGUGGGAAGGGAUUCACUCAGUCAUCCCACCUACAGAGUCAUCAGCGAGUUCACACUGGGGAGAAACCGUUCACCUGCUUAGAAUGUGGGAAGAGAUUCACUCAGUUAUCCCACCUACAGAGACAUCAGCGUGUUCACACUGGGGAGAAGCCAUUCACCUGCUUAGUCUGUGGGAAAAGAUUCACUGAGUCAUCCCAACUACGGAGACAUCAGCGAGUUCACACUGGGAAGAAGCCAUUCACCUGCUCAGUCUGUGGGAAGAGAUUCACUCAGUUAUCCCACCUAAAGAGUCAUCAGCGAGUUCACACUGGGGAGAAGCCGUUCACAUGCUUAGAAUGUGGGAAGCGAUUCACUCACUCAUCCACCCUACAGAGUCAUCAACGAGUUCACACUGGGGAGAAGCCAUUCACCUGCUCAGUCUGUGGGAAGGGAUUCACUCAAUUGUCCCAACUACACAGUCAUCAGCGAGUUUACACUGGGGAGAAGCCGUUCACCUGCUUAGAAUGUGGGAAAGGAUUCACUCAGUCAUUUAAACUACUGGCACACCAGUCAGUUCACAGUGGGGAGUGGCCAUUCACCUGCUCAGAAUGUGGGAAAGGAUUCACUCAGUCAUCCAAACUACUGGCACACCAGUCAGUUCACACUGGAGAGAGGACAUUCACCUGCUUAGACUGUGGGAAGGGAUUCACUCGGUCAUCCCAACUACUGGCACACCAGUCAGUUCACACCGGGGAGAGGCCGUUCACCUGCUCAGUCUGUGAGAAGAGAUUCACUCAGUCAUCCUACCUACAGAGACAUCAACAAAUUCACACUGGGGAGAAACCGUUCACCUGCUCAGAAUGUGGGAAGAGAUUCACUCAGUCAUCCACCCUACAGAGACAUCAGCAAGUUCAUACUGGGGAGAAGCCAUUCACCUGCUCAGUCUGUGGGAAGAGAUUCACUCAGUUAUCCCACCUACAGAAUCAUCAGCGAGUUCACACUGGGGAGAAGCCAUUCACCUGCUCAGAAUGUGGGAAAGGAUUCACUCAGUCAUUUAAACUACUGGCACACCAGUCAGUUCACAAUGGGGAGUUGCUGUUAUUAUGAAUCACGAGGUUUUGUUUGCUGUGGACUGUCAUUUUAAGAGAGAGAUUAAGAAGGUGAAUCAGUCUGACUUGCAGCUUGGUUACAUUGCUCGCAGCUUGUUUAAUUUUAAUUGAGGACACAGACACUCAGAUUCAGAUGGAGACAAAGGCAGAAAAAUGGAAGGAUUGAAGCAAGGGAACUAGUGACCAAGGGUCACUGUUUCGAACUUUCCUCUGCCCACAAGGGUGGGUUAAUUAUCGAUUCAGCGAACAUCGAAUGUGUGGUUGUCACCUCGUUUGAUCCAUAGGAGUGGAUCUGAUUUGGGGUAUCCUGUGGAGACCACUUAUGUGUUAACCCUUGCCUUGGUGUGUUGUAAUUCACUUGAAGUCGAUACCCCUUGUGACAAGUCACUUUCGGUGAUAAUUCAUAUGUGGAUGUGAAACGAGAACAGAUAAAAUCUACAGAUACUGUUCUCUCGUUUUACCACUGUGGAACCUGUGGAAUUUGACAUAAUUGCCUUCUCUCAACAUUUACCCUGGAUUACAAAUAUCUCUCUCUCAUCACCUAUUCUGUGGAUGAACUGAACUUUCAUACUUUACCGUCUCAAGACUCUAAGCCUUGUUUUCCCUGAGCUCAAUAGUUGGGAGUUAUAUUUACACACACAUAUACACAUAGUACUGUUAACUUUUGUUUAUCUUGCUUAAGUUACGAUAUUAUAAGUAGAUACUAUUAAGGAUAGUGGAUUUAACAUCAAAACCAGACUCCAGUUGUAGUCUGUUGCUGUUGGUUCAUUUCUAAAGUGUUACGGUUCAUAACAAAUCUGGGGCCUGCAUCCGGGAUAUGAGCAGAUUUGGGGGCGUAUUGAUUAAUUAUCAAUUUCAUUGGGGAAAUCCCUUUGAUUUAUUUGUGUGUGGAAAAUCAGCAGCAAUGGAUGUUGAUAGAUUUCUGGAAGCAUCAACCUCUGAGGCACUAAAGGACACAAGGAUUGAGUUGUUGAGUAUUGCUAAAAGGUUAAAACUUGCUAAGGUGAAAUUGACAAUGAGAAGGGCACAGAUGCAGAAGAUCAUAACUGAGCAUUAUGUAUCUAAGGGUGUGUUUAAAGUGGAAGAGUUGGAAGUGUUUCCUGAAUGUAAUCCUAGUGAGCUUGAGCUCCCGUACAAGUUAGAAAAAUUAAAGAUGGAGGCUGUGGAAAGGCAAAGGGAGUUUGAGGCUGGACAGGCAGAAAAACAGAGAGGAAGCAGAAAGACAGUGGAUGUUCAAGCUGGAAAAGAUAGAAAGAUUGUAGCAAAGGUGUCUCACGUUAGACUCUGGUGAUAAGUUUGAGGCCAGUCGAGAAGUUAAAUUGGUACCUCCAUUUGACGAGGCAGAGGUUGAUAAAUAGUUCCAGCAAUUUGAGAUGGUUGCUCAGAGUUUAAAGUGGCGAAAAGAGGGUUGGCCCAUUCUCUUACAAAGUGUAAUUAAGGGAAAGGCUCAGCAAGCCUAUUCUGCUUUGACAGUUGAUGAAGCAGCUGAUUAUGACAUAGUGAAACAGGCUGUGCUCAAAGCUUAUGAGUUGGUCCCAGAAGCAUACAGGCAAAAGUUUAGAAAUUUGAGGAAAUCCCUGAACCAGAUUUAUAUGGAAUUUGCUGAUGAGAAAUUUGUGUGUUUUGACCGCUGGUUCACAUAUAAAAAUAUAAAAUAAAAAUAAUAAAUAUAAAAAUAUAAAUUUUAGCAGCUUGAAAGAGUUGGUUUUAAUUGAAGAAGUCAAAGUGUGCAUCCCUGAUGACAUAAAGAUGUAAUCAGAUGAAAAGGAUGCUGCCACUUUGCAGGAGUCUGCUAGAUUAGCAGAUGAGUUUGCUUUAACUCAUAAGGUUAAGUUUACCCCUAAUAAGAGCUUCCAAAAGAGUAGCAGGGUAAACCAGAAAUUAAAACUGGGAUUAGCAACAAGAGUGAGGAUGAAGGGAAGCAGUUGAAGGAGAAAUAUUCUGGUCUUGUUACUAUUGUAAGAAAGCUGGUCAUAUAGUGGCUAAUUGUUCCGUCCUGAAGAAGAAAAGGGAAAAGGAGACAGUCCCACAUGCCUGUGAUCAGUAUGUUGAAGCACCUGUAAACCCACAGCGUUCUGAACAUUCUGUUGAGGCUCAGUUAAGGACUGAGAGGUCUGACCGAGUUAAGAAGGGAUUCGAUCAUUUUAUGUCAGAUGGGUUUGUAUUAGUAAAGGAAGGGUCAACCCCGGUAUCAGUGAAAAUUCUUCGAGAUACUGGGGCUUCUCAGUCACUUAUAUUAGACAGUAUUCUAAAGUUUGGUGAUGAGACUGACAUUGGUGAGGUAAAUCUUACUAAAGGCACUGGGGGUGGCAUGGUUUCUGUGCCAUUGAACAAGGUAACUUUACAGUCAGGGUUGGUUUUGGGACCUGUUAAGAUUGGAUUAUCCUCCAGUUUACCGGUGGAAGAUGUUACUUUGCUGUCAGGGAAUGACCUGGCAGAUAGUAAAGUUGUUCUUGCAGUGCAGUUGCCAGCUAAGCCAACUACUGACGGCCCACAGAUGGAUUUUAACAUUUAUCCUUCCUGCACAGUACCUUGAAGUAUGGCUAAAAAGUCUGCCGACGCAGACGGUUCUGUGCAGCAUGAUUCUGAUGCCCAUAAUAGCCAAAGUUGGGAUUCAGGUUAUGAUGACUUAAAACAGAGAUCAUCUUCCUCUUUCCCUUCUGCUCCAUGGAACCAGACCCAGUGCUAGAGACCGGAUCGCCAUGGUCGUCCUCUGUCAGGUCACCCCCCUCAACGGCAUCCAAAAUGAGAUAACAAUUACUGAGGGGGAUGGCCACAAGGGUGCUCUCUACUAUCUGAGCUCUUCCCAUCCCUUCCUUGACAGUCACCCACUUAUCGAUCUCCUGCUCACGUUCCAUUAUAAGCAGUAGGUCAUCAAGCCGCAGCUCCAGAUCCCUAAUGCAUUCUCUCAUCAGCUGCAUCUCAGUGCACCUGGCUCAGAUAUGGCCGUCUGAGAGACAGGAAGAUUCCCGGGAUUCCCACAUCUUUCACCCAGAGGAAAGUACUAUCCCUGCACACAGGCUCUGGUACAUGUUUGUAUGCUCAGUAAACAUGUUCACUGCUUAAUCCCCUGGAGGAGGGAACGAGAUGGGAAAUGUCCAAAUAUAUUGAUAACACAGAAGCAAAGGAAAGAAAUCUAAUGACGAUGUUCUGGUUCUGCAUCAAAUAGUUCAAAAGGCAGAUAGUAUUUUGGCCAUCACCACACAGAGAGUAGGGAUUAUGUAAUGGGCCAGUGUAGCUACCAUUGCACAGGGUGUUUCUGGAAUUCUAUGCACGGUUUUAAUCCCCAAGAAGAAAGAAAUCUUAAGAGUAGCUAUGGAGCCAGCCAGAGCAGUUUGACCAAUGUAAUACAUGGGAUGAUUUACCAGCAGAGGUGAGAUGAUUUGGCCCUGAAUUUAGAACAUAUUCACAAACGAUAGGGUAUUUGUGGAGCAUCUUGAUAGAGUAUCUCUCCUCGUCAGUCAGAGAGCCACAGAGAGGGGUCGAUGAGCGAUGCUCAUUUCAAAUGGAGAUGUGUGAAAAUUCUUGGAAAUUUAUAUUUUCUAUUUAAUUUUGCUUUGUGAUCAAUGAGGUAUCUAUCUAUUUGAGUGUACAAUCUUUGGGAUUCACUGCACUGAGGGUGUGAAGGCCGGUUGGCUGGGUAUAUUUGAGGUGGAGAUAGAUAAUAAUUAAGGGGAGCAAGGGGAAUGGACACAGGAGUUUACAUCAUACACGGUUGUGUUGAAUCAUAAGACACAGCGAGAGAAGUUUUCCUCUUCUCUGUUCUAAAUGGAGGUCCCACUAUUCUGAGGGUGUUUUCCCCUGGUCGCCGACUGCAGGAAAAAUAAUCUCCACAUGCACUCUUUCUCGGCUUUUCAGUGUUCGAGAGCCUCCCUCAUUUUUUUCUAAACAUUAUAGGACACAGGCCCAGAUACAUCAAAUGCUCCUCAUGUUUUAAACCUGUCAGCCUCAGAAUCAUUUUUAUGAACCUCCUCUGGACUCUGUCCAAUUCCAGCACAUUUUUCCUGAGAUGAGUCCCUACACCGUUCAUAAUAGUCUGUGUGGUUUAACUAUUGCCUUAUAACAUCUCAACAUUGUGGAUUAUGGAUAGACCUCUCUUAAUGAAUGGUAGCAUCAUAUUUACAUAACUAAUGGUGAAUGGCCAGAGUGAAGAGUAGAAGGAAAGGCUAUGGGCAGUGUUUUUUUUUUAACUGGAGGAGAAAUCGAUAUUCAUGCCUUCAGGUUGGAGCUGUGCAGGUGGAGUAUGAUGUGUUUCUCUUCAACCCUGAGGCUGUCAAGUUGAGCAACUCCAGCCAUUACUAUUCUGCCAUCAUCCAUGCUAGUGUCCCCUUCCAAUCAACUUUGGUGAGCUCUUCUCCCAUGCCUCCAGGAUUCUCCUCACUCCACUAAUAAUGAUGCAUCUUGUUAUACCUUUCCCCUCUCAAAGUGUAGGGUGAAUUCUAACUUAUUAUGAUCACCAAGUCCACGUUUCCUUUACCAUAAGCUUCGUAAUCAAAUCUGGUUCAUUACACAACACCCAAUCCAAAAUUAACUUUUCCCUAAUGGGCACAAUUACAAGCUGUUCAAAAAGGCAUCUCAUUGGUAUUUUCCAAAUUCUCUCUCUUGAGAUGAAACACCAACCUGAUUUUCAUAAUCAACCUCCACCCAUCCCACUCAUGGACUGUUUGCCCCACUCCCAUCGGGAGGUAGACUGCACAGCAUCCUCACCAGGACUGCCAGCCUCUGGGACAGCUACUUUUCCCAAGCAGUAAGGCUGAUAAAUGUCUCUACCCAACUAACCCACCCUUCCACACCACCAAACACCUCUACUUUAUAAUUUCCUGUCUGUCAUGUUAUAUGCAAGCAUACUUUUAUUUAUUAUUUUAUCAUUUAUUAUAUUGUAAUUUGUCCUCUACUGUGCCUAUUUUCUUGUUUAUUAUUUAUUGUACUGCCCUGCACUGUUUUGUGCACUUCAUGCAGUCCUGUGUAGGUCUGUAGUCAAGUGUGGUUUUUGUGUUAUUUGACGUAGUCUAGUGUAGCUUUGCGUUGUGUCACUUAGCCUAGUGUAGUUUUGUGUUGUUUCAUGUAGCACCAUGGUCCUGGAGGUAUGUUGUUUUUACUGUGCACUGUAACAGUAGUUUAUGAUUGAAAUCACAAUAAAAAGUGACUUGACUUGACUAUGCUGAGCGUCACUUUAUGGACAUACAAUCAAUCCAUGCACAGUUUAUAAGCUGUGGAUAUAUGUUUUUACUAUUGUGUUUUUGUGCUGCAUUGAAGCCGGAGUAAUAAUUAUUUUGAUCCCAUUUACACUUGUCUGCUGGAAAUGGAAUUAAACUACCUUGAAUCUUGAAUAAACAUUUCAGCAGACUGCAGGGUCACAUUUCUGUCUCUCAGUGUUACUGCGGCAGAGCAUCACCUGGUGACAAUGGAGUCCACAAAUCAGGGGCUCCUGUUAUUGUGGCAAAUCACCAAGUGGCAGUGUUGUCCACAAAAGGGAGAGGUUUACAGCGAUAAGGAGAGGUGUAGGGGGCUGGAAGCCAACUCUGCAAGUGGAUGAAGUGACAGACCUGCCCCAAACCACUCUCCCCACCACCAGUCAGGGUCCCAAACAGUCCUUCCACAUAAGGCAACUUUUCAACAUCAUGCCUGUUGGAUCAUCUCCUGUUUCCAGUUUUCCAGGUGUGGCCUCCUCGACAUUAGUGAGACCCGAUGUAGUCUCUGCAUUCUGCACUCUGUCCUGAUGAGAUUCUGCAGGUGUUGGAGAUGCAGAGUAACAUACACAAAAUGUUGGAGGAAGUCAGGAGGUCAGAUAGCUUCUAUAGAGGGGGACAAAUCAAAACAGAGAUUUCCUGCCGAGACCCUUCAUCAGGACUGGAAGUGGGGAGAAGCUGGAAUAAGAUGGUGCGGGGAGUGGAAAGAGUCCAAGCUGGUAGAUGAUAGGUGAAGCCAGAUAAGAGUGAAGGUGAGUGGGUGGGGGAGGUGGGAGAUGAAGUGAGACGCUGUGAGGUGGAAGCUGGAAAAUGCAAAGGGCUGAAAAGAAGGAAUCUGAUAGGAUAGGAGAGCGGACCAUGGGGAAAAGAGGAAGUAAAAGCGGAACCACAGGGAGACGAUCCACAGUGAAGAGAGAAGUGGGGAGACAGAAUGGAGGAGACGAGCGUGUGGGUUGAUGAAAGGAAAAGGUGGAGGUGGAAGUUAAAGAUAUCAAUGUUCAUGCCAUCGAGUUGUAAACUACCCAGAUGUAGUAUGUGUUAUUGCUCCUUUAACCUGAGAGUGGGUUCAUCGUGCUAGUGAAACCGGAAGGGAGAGUGGAUUAAUAACUUUCCCCUGCGAUCCCUAUUAAAUCAAUCCUAUCUCACCUUAAAGUGGUGCCCACUGGUUGUUCAUUCCACAAAAGUGGGGAAAAAGGGGAAAAAAAAAAUCGAAAACCUACAUCAUAAUACAGGCACUUUGGCCCACAAAGUUGUGCCGAGCAUGUCCCUACCUAAGAAAUUACUAGGCUUACCCAUAGCUCUCUAUUUUUCUAAGAUCCAUGUACCUAUCCAAAGGUCUCUUAAAAUACCAUAUUGUGUCCACCUCCACCACCGUUGCCGGCAGCCCAUUCCACACACUCACCAAUCUUUGUGUGAAAAAACUUACCCCUGACAUCUCCUCUGUACCUACUCCCCAGCACCUUAAACCUGUGCCCUCUUGUAGCAGCCAUUUCAGCCCUGGGAAAAAAACCUCUGACUAUCCACACGAUCAACACCUCUCAUCAACUUAUACACCUCUAUCAGGUCACCUCUCAUCCUCCGUCGCUCCAAGGAGAAAAGGCCGAGUUCACUCAUCUGCUCACAUUCCCUAUUUCUGUACCCUCAGGGUUUGGAACACCUGCAUCAUGUCAGACUCAAUCUCCUGCACUUCAAGGUGUGAAGUCCCAACCUGCCCAGCCUCUCUGCAGAACUCAGUCCCUCGAGUACCGGAACCAUUCUCAUAAAUCUCCCCUGAACUCAUUCCAGAUUGACGUCCUCUCUCCUAUAGCAGAACGACCAAAAACUGAAUACAAUAAUCCAGGCACGGAUACCCUAACAAUACCCUAACCCUAAUGCAACCUCACUAGCCUCUUCUUCAGACCAUGAGCCACGAGAUAUGAGACAGAGGCUGCUCAGCCAAUCGAGUCUGCUCCACCAUUCCUUCAUGUCCAAUUCAUUAUCCCUCUCAACACUAUUCUCCUGCCUUCUCCCCUUAAUCCUUGAACAUCCAUUGAAAACACACUCAGUGACUUGGCCUC